ACCCGCCACUCAGUGUGAGAUGGUCCCCAGUGAUGAGUGAGUCUCUACGCCCGUCUCUCGCUGUGCUCUGCCAGGAUGUACUCCUAUAACCUCUCCUAUUUGACCUGCAUCCAUUAGUUGCCUGUGGUGUUGCUUAGUGGUGUGGUGAAGUGUGAAGACGUGGAAUAGUAGUGAGUGACGUCAGUGCGGAGGUGGAUAUUGUGGUGGCUGGAGGACGCAUAAUAACAGGACGUGGCCUUUGAAAAUAUCCUUAGGUUACGGGAGGUUCUGGGGAAGGGACGGCUAGGGCCACCCACUACGAGCUUCUGUGACGCAAUACUCUGCAGAGGGACGUGGACUGGUUAGAGGAAAGGAAGUCACUGCAGUGCUGUUGGGUCAUGUCCGGGGGGUCAGGCAGCGUUCCAGGGGUGCCUCCCGCGCCCUCCGUGUUUUCCUCCUUCGUGGGCGCGGGCGUGGGCGGGCCAAUGUAUCCAGGAAGCCACGGCACCCACUCAAGCCCACACUACUCUCAACAUCCACGCCUCCACCCACAGCUGUCCGUGCUGCACCAGGUUAACUCAGAGGCGGCGCCUUCCGCUUUCCACCCCGUGGUGUCCCGGGGCGCCCGCCGCCUCCAUGACGUGGGCCAGCCCGGAACGUGAAGCACGCUCGGAAGAUCCUGGUGGUUCGCAGCUGCAGGGGGGCCCGGGCCGUAUGGGGCGAGAUUCCAGGCCAUGUCCUGCCCCUGGGUCACUCCAUGCCUCCCCUGGGCGUGCCCACGCUAGGGAUAAAUAACCCCCUGCUGCCUGGCAUCUUCGACAGGAGGCUGCUCAGAGUGUCUGGUCGGGCGGCGCGGCCCAAGAAACAGUUCAUCUGCAAGUACUGCUCGCGUCACUUCACCAAGAGCUACAACUUGCUCAUACACGAGAGGACGCACACGGACGAGCGGCCGUUCCCCUGCGACGUGUGCGGCAAGGCCUUCCGUCGCCAGGACCACCUCAGAGACCACAAGUACAUCCACAGUAAGGAGAAGCCCUUCAAGUGCAGUGAGUGCGGUAAGGGCUUCUGUCAGAGCCGCACGCUGGCGGUACACAAGAUCCUGCACAUGGAGGAGUCCCCGCACAAGUGUCCCACCUGCGGGAGGAGCUUCAACCAACGCAGCAACCUCAAGACUCACCUCCUCACCCACACCGACCUGAAGCCGUACAAGUGUGCCUCCUGCAGCGCCGUCUUCAGGAGGAAUUGUGACCUGCGAAGGCACAUGCUCACUCACUCCAUCGGGGGCCAUCUGCCAUCAGAUAAAGACGCCGAGGAGAACAAGAACGUGAACCACCAUGACAACGACGCCAGUGCCUCAGGGACAUCUGCAGGAGCCACCCUCGCCUGCGACAGGACGGAGGGAGGCGCGGACUUGGAGGACGACGAGGUGGAGGAGGAGGCCGAGGAGGAGGACGAGGACGAGGAGAUAGAUCCCGGUCGGCCUGACGAUGCCUACUCCUUCUACGAGUCAGAGAAGGUGGAGGACGAUGAGGAGGUGGAGGAGGAGCUGGAGGAGGAGGAGGAGGAGGUGACUGGAGGCGUGAGACGGGAGGAGGCGCCACCCCCGCACCACCACGUCCCCAGCCUGCACGCCCAGGGUCUGGAACUGCACCCCCGGGACUCCCACGCCCAUGCCACGCACACCCACAACACACUCACCCACAAAACACAGACACAAGUCACCCACACCCACACGUCUGACGCCCACACCACUCACGCCCACUCCUCUCACGAGAUGCUCCCCCACAGCCAGGCGCCGCUUCCCCACACCUCCCACAGCGCCUCCGACAGGGACUCCCGAAUGUUAGGACCACACGGAGCUCCGCCCGCCAGACCCGCCUCGCACCCGCACGCCCACGUCACGCCGCUGUACAGCCCCGCCCACGGCUUUUAUCCCCUGGUGGGCGCCGGGGGUUCGGGUCCCGUGGGUCAUCAUUACCGCCCACCGCACCAUGACUUGAAGCGGCCCAUAGAGCAGGUAGUGGGCGCCCCGGGGCCUUCCUUAGCCUCCUCGCCGCUCAUUUCCAUGCAGGGACCCUUACCCAUGGGCGGGGGAGGCAUGGGUGCCGCUCCUCGCUUCCCGUAUCCGCCCCACCCUCCGGAACGCCCCAAGAAGAAGGGAUUUAUGAUUGAGGACAUCAUGAACGGAUAAAGAUGACAGUGACAUGUCCUAACACACACACACACACACACACACACACACACACACACACACACACACACACACACACACACACACACGUAACCCUUCUCCUCCCACGCCAGAGCCUCAUCAUCUAGCCUCAGAAACGCCCCGUCACGCCCACGCCCAUCCAACCAUCCAACCACCACCACCACCACCACCACCACCACCACCACCACCACCACCGCCAAAGUGCUUUUAGACAUCUUGAGGGCCGUCCCUGUCUCCUGCCUCCGCCACAGUGAAUUUAGCGUUAAGUGGACCUAAUUAGGCUAGGCGUGAACUGUCUACGAGUGCUGGUCCGCCUCGCCUUGCCUGCCUCCACGCCGUGCUGAGCCACCUGCGACGCUACCAUGGAGAGGAAACAGCUGUUGUGACUCCGUUUGAAAAAGAAAUGAAGUUGUUGAAUUUUUUUUUUUUACGUGUCAAGGAUAUAAAAGAUAAGGAAACAUAACUUAUUCCAUUUACUAAAAUUAGGAUAAUUUAUUUAAGCGUCAAGGAGAUUGGCUAAGGACGCAAAAAUAGAAGGUAUAAAAGGAGACCGGCAAAGGACAUACAAAAAAGAUAAAAAAUAGUUUAAAGAAGACUCAUUUUACAGCUCCCCUCAAAAAAUCAUAGUCAAAACUUUUGGUCAGCUUAGUUUAAUAGGUAUCUUGAUAUUGUGUGUUUCCGUGCAGAGGAUAUUUUAGGGUGCUGAUUGUUCGUAAAAAGUGAUCAUAGCAGGGAAAAUUAGGCCACGACCUCAGUGUUGUGUCAGAGAGCCAUUUAGCCAUGCGUUUGUUGAAGGAAAGGAGGGAAGAAAGGAACGAAGGGACAGAGGGAGGUAACAGUGAAGAACAAGAUCGCCUAGAUGAGGAGAGGGAACAAAGAGAAGAAACAUGUGAUAAGAGGAGAAAAAAAAAAUUAAGCCGAGGAAGGAAGGAAGGAAGGAACAGAGGCAGAGAGGGAGAUGACAGGGAAGAACAAGAUAAGCUAAAUGGGAAGGAGAGGGAACAGAGAAGAGAGGAAAUAUAGAACAAGGAAAAAAAGAAUUUCAAAGACAGGAAGGAAGGAACGGAGGGAGAUAACUGGGAAGAACAAGAAAAAGACACUUAAUUAUCAUCAUCAUUAUCAUUAUCAUCAUCAUCAUCGUCAUCAUCAUCAUCAUCAUCAUCAUCAUCAUCAUCAUCAUCAUCAUCAGUGCCAACACCAGCCUCAAACUUAACGUAUUUUUGGUCAUACUCGUAUUCCACCGUAGAAGAGGAGGAGAAGAAGAAGAAGAAGAAGCUGGAAGUGGCGGUGUCAAAGAGGUGUGUGAUGAUAGUAGUGGAGAUGGUGUUGGUGACUGAGCGGUGUUGAUAGCUGGGUGAGGUGCAAGAGGCUGAGGAAGAGAAGGAGGAGAAGGAAGAGGAAGGGGAAGAAAAAGGGAGGAGGAGGAGGAGGAGGAGAAGGGGAGAAUAUUCCGUAACAGGGUGUUUUUUCAACUAAUUUAUUAUCUGGUGCACUUUUUUCUUUUUUUUUCUUCCAAGACAUUUUCGAUGGCGUUGCUUUCUCUUUCUCUCUCUCUCUCUCUCUCUCUCUCUCUCUCUCUCUCUCUCUCUCUCUCUCUCUCUCUCUCUCUCUCUCUCUCUCUUUCAUUUCUUGUCAACUGUCACUGGAAGGAAAUCAUGACUUGAAUAAUGUCUUUUUUGUACAUAACUUGUGCAUAUUUGUAAAUAAAAUGAAAAUAAUAAAAAAGAGUUGAUGCUCA